ACCAGGGCAGAUGUCCUCGUCCGAGACCCCGCCUUGAGAACAUGCAGUAGCAAAGUCAGCCCACCUCCAUUUCAUCAGACGUCGCCUUACCAAGCUAAUUACUGGACUUGUGCCAUUCCCACUUCUCUGCCUCCUUCCCCAGACCGGAAGUCCCCAAGCUGGGACCCGGAUAAGGAGUACGAAGCCCUCUUGGAUUACACGUACCCCCUAAGGCCAGGACAUACUAGCAAAUGGGACUCUGGCGAUUUAGGGUCAGGGUCACAGCCGAGGACAGACGUGAUUUUGGAGGACUCAGGAAUUGAGCUGGACCGGUUCUGUAGCUCGUCUUCCCUGUCCUGUUUAGAUCAGUCGGCGUGUGUUACUACUAGAAGGGGCAGAGGAGGCAACCCUCAGUCAGUCCACAAGUCAGUAGGACUGCAUGGUCUCAGUUCAAGAGAGCUGUCACAGUCUAAAUCAUCGGAUGGCAGACUGUCAAGUAGUCUGUAUUCAGUCGACCACAUUGGCCUUUCAGUCGAAAGCUUGGAGUGCGAUGGAAAGCAACAAGGUCAGCAGUGGUUUCACUACAAGAAGCUCGGUGUCUUCUCCACGUCGAGGUCUCCCACGACUUUCAUCCCCACCCUGCACGUCUUGCCCCGCCCGGGGUCGCUAGGAGAGUGGGACGAGGAGUUCUUGGCUUUGCCCGAGCAGCUUCAGGAGAUUCAGGCGUUAUCGCAGCACCUGAAGGAUAUCUCAGCCCAGAUCAGCCAGCCUGGCACCUCCAGCUGGGAGUCUCUGGAGAGGGAGACGUCCUCUACAGAAAAACAGUCUGCAGAAACCACGGCAGUGCAGGAAGAAGAGGCGGAGAUGGUGGCGGAGGAAGAGGAAGAAGAGGGGGUAGAGAGAUCUGCCUCCGGAGGCCCAGCUAGAAUUGGGGAACCCUUGGAGGAAGUGAAAGCGUUUGAGUCCAGGCUGCACAUGUUGAGCACUGAGGUUAAUCGAGGCAGUGUGAAGGAAGUGGCCUUCAUUAUGGAUCGACUGGGCGGAGUUUCUCUAUCAGACUUGUUGCAGAAUCCUCAGGCGGACCAAGGAGAGGCGGAGACCAAAGACUCACUCAUGCAGCACAUCCAGACAUUUUGUGCAAACCUUGAAGAACUUAUUCAGUGGCUAUACAAGGUGGUGCAGAAGAUGGAGGACCUCACUCCACCCUCUGUGGAUAUAGAGAGUGUGAAGACCUCUUUGGCUGACUACAAGAGUUUCCAGAGGGAGGUCCAUGCCCAUCGGCCUCUGACGGGUGCUGUCCUGAACGCGGGGGAGGUUCUGCUGCGCUGCAUGAACUCUACCUCUCCCGUGCUGAAAGAGACUCUGGUGUUGAUAGAGAGACAGUCUCGAGCCCUGGAGACCCACGCUGAGCACCUUUUCUCCUCCAUCCUGUCGGCCAUGGAUAGCCUCACAGACACCAGUUCUCAAGAGGGUACUGAAUGCUCUGAGUAAGGGUACAUGUGAGGAGCAGGCAUCUCCGCUGCCUUAAGGAGAUGAUUCUUCAGCAAUCUCUGUGUGUGCACUUACUCCUGAGGAUCAGCAUCACACCCUACAACAGACUGGUCCUUCACAAGGAGGAAAGCCACCUUUUAAAUGCAUUAACAUCUACGCAGUGUCUGCAGUCUCACAUUUCACACACUGUUUUAGUCAUUAAUUGUUUUUACAUAUAACAUGUGUACUUCAGCCAUAAGUGCUUUAAGAAGUGUUUGCGAUUUACUUGUUCACAUUGCUCGGUUCAAGCAUGGGCCAUUGUACUUGUCACUCUGUCUUCUUUGACAAACGUUGUCUUUGUUUAGCUACCACCAUUCUUUUCAAUGUGUUGGCACAGCUGCACGGAUUUCCAAUUAAGUUGGAGCUGAAUUAGGCUAAGGUACAGGUACAGAUCAUGACUGUGAUCUCAGGUAAUUGCCUUAUUAAAUAUGAAUGAAAAGCACAUAGCCUGUUCUCGGCAGCUCUUUAGGUAUUAGUUUACAGCUUGAAAGAUGAUGUUUACUGGUGUUCAAGAUGUGUUGUAUUCCUACUCACUGGAUGUGUGUUAUUCUGUGUAAUGAUUUGUUAUCAGUGUUAAACCUGCAAUAAUAUUAGCUCUGUGGUUGGGAUGUAUUCAUGUCACCUACCCUUUGCUCUGGCAACUUCGGAGGAAUUUGCAUCAAUUUUGUUUUUAUAUUAAAUCUGGUCAGUAAUGGCCCUCUCAAUUAAAUAAUUUUAACAUCUUACCAGUGUUUUUGAAUGUAACAUGUAACAUUUCAAGCUAAAUGUGAGGUCAUUGUCAAGAUGCAGGAAAGAAUGUUAGACCUUCAGGCAAAACAAAAAUGUCAAUUUUCUAAACGCUGCUGUAAGCACUUAUUUUUAACAGUACCUAAGCUGGCUGUCUUUACAUUCUGAUUGCCUUUACAGACACCCUGAUAACUGAUAACACUUCUCUCUACAAAAGAAAGGUUUGACUCUGCUACCACUGCUGAUAUCAUCUAACAAGGCACAGGACAGCGAUACCAGUGACCCAGUGACAUUCUGGCACACAUACGCAGACAACACACACUCUGCUAUGAAAAUAAAACUUUAAAAGUCAGUCUUCAAAA